UUUUUAUUUGGCGAAUAGCGUUAAGGCGAGCCUUAUAAACUGUAAAAUCUAUUCAACCAAUACCAACCCAGAUUUCUAUACCAUUUCAAGUCUCUGCAGCCUUCACCAUUAAGUCUGCUUUAACGAGAAAAAGUAGACAUACAAAACCAGAACACCAGGGGGGGGAAAAAAAAAAACCUUAAAAAUGUACGUCACAAGGCCACUUUCAAUGUACAAAAAGUGUCCUUCUGCUCUGUCGGAGCCUCCACCGGAGGGCCCGAGCUCCGGAAUUCUCGUGGUCCAAGACGAGGGAGCCGAGCCCAAGUGCUGCUUCGGCUUAGCGAAGAGCGACAGGAUCAGGAGCCUCCCGAUUCCCCAGAACAAGAACGCCGAGAUUUACUACUCUCAGGGCGUGUCUCGAGACAGAGAUCUCCAUUUCCACAGUGUCUGGUUCGUUCCCGUUCUGGGUCUUCCCUUGUCUUCCAAUACAUACUAUGCAGUCCAUCCAUUGGGCAAGGAUAGAGGAGAAGCAUUUGCAUGCUCCACAGAGGAGGAAUUGGAAACCUGCUGCUUUUACACUUAUGCUCCAGAAACACAACCCCAAUCUUUUGAUCCCCGCAACAUAUACCAACAAAUGGAGAUCUCUCUUCAUGGAAGGCAAAUCUCCCCGUGGGGUAGCGAUUUCGAGGCCAAAUCCAUUGCCCCGGACGGGUUUGCUCCGGGAUUCUUGGGAAGGAGAGAAGGAUGGAAACUCCUUAUUCGUUCAGAUCAGGGCCCCGAGUUCGACCUUGGAGAUGCGCAAGGCCUAAGUGCAGGACUCAGAACUCGCCUUCCGGACUUCAACUUUGCACUAUCAUGUGAGAAAUCCAUGCCCGUGGUAGUGGGGAAAUGGUAUACCCCUUUCAUGUUUGUCAAAGAAGGAACACCAAAAACACUUAAAGAUCAGAUGAGGAUGUCAAUGUUCUAUGAAAUCACUCUAGAGCAGAACUGGGAACAAAUAUUUGCGUGUGAUAACAACACCACCAGUGGAGGGAAUUCUGUGGCUGUGGAUGCUGUUAUGAAGAGUGAAGUGGUUGUGGUUGGAGGGUUAGAAGCUGUGGUUGAUGAGAGAGAUUUGGGUGAUGGAGUGUUGUGGUUUAGGAGUGUCAAUAAUGUGGGAUCGGAGACAAGUAUCGGGUUGAGCUUAGCUUUGGUUGAGAGGAUGAAGUGGGAGCAGGAAAGAGUUGGAUAUGUUGUUGGGAAAGAAAAGGAAGUGGAGAAGAGAGAAGAAUAUAAGGGAGGGUUGGGUGAUUGGAAGAGAUUUGGGUGUUAUGUUUUGGUUGAGAGGUUUGUUUUCAAGAGAAUGGAUGGGAGCUUGGCUCUAACACACAAGUUCAGGCACACUCAUCAGAUAAGGACCAAAUGGGAAUGAGAUGUUGUUUGCUUCUUUUACUGUACACCAAAGACAUGGAUUCAUUUUUUGGGGUGAGUAUUUGUACACAUCUUUUGUAUUUAAACAUUUUAUUUUUUAUUUUUAUUUCGAGAAAAGUAUGUGUAAUGUAGUCUAUAUCUGGUUGUAAUAAGAAUUUGUUCAUUAUUUUUUCCUAGAUGAUGAAAAUUUUUUGUAAUGCUGUACUUGAGAAUUAUUAAUAUCAGAGAUUCAGAAGAUGGCUUGAUUGGUUUGGCUCUGCAUUUUGCGUUUUGCUCUUUGAUGUAUUAUGGCUUUUCAGGCAGAGCAAUUUUAUAGUAAAAACUAGAGAACUUGGGAGUAUUUACCGUCGUUU